GUCUAUGCCAGGGAACCUCCCAGAGGGAAAUGAGUGGAGACUCAGACUAUAGGGCGAUCCUCCCUAUAAAGCCCCUAGAGCUCCAGCACAUACACCUUCCUUUAGUCUGACUAGUGUGACAGUCAUGAGCACCGGACUGAGAGUGCUGCUCACCUCCCUGAUCCUGGCUGCCCAGAGCUCUGCCCAGCAGCAUCAGCCCAAUGAGAGGUACACAUUUACAUGUGGUGGAAAUCUAACUGGAGACACAGGAGUACUGGGAAGUGAAGGGUUUCCCGGAGUCUACCCACCCAACAGCAAGUGUACUUGGAAGAUUACAGUACCUGAGGGUAAGGUUGUUGUCCUUUCUUUCCGCUUCAUUGAUUUAGAGAAUGACAAUCUAUGUCGAUACGACUUUGUGGAUGUUUAUAAUGGACAUGCCAAUGGACAACGCAUCGGGAGGUUCUGUGGCACAUUUCGACCAGGUGCUCUGGUAUCAAACAGCAAUAAGAUGUUGGUGCAAAUGGUGUCAGAUGCCAACACGGCUGGAAAUGGCUUCAUAGCAAUGUUUUCUGCAGCUAAACCAAAUGAAAGAGGAGAUCAGUACUGUGGAGGCCGCUUAGACAAACCUAUUGGAACCUUUAAAACACCCAACUGGCCAGAGCGGGAUUAUCCAGCUGGAGUGACAUGUUCAUGGCAUAUUGUUGCUCCAAAACAUCAGGUAAUUGAAGUGAAGUUUGAGAAAUUUGAUGUGGAGAGGGACAAUUACUGCAGAUACGAUUAUGUGGCAGUGUUUAAUGGAGGAGAAAUGAAUGAUGCCAAGAGGAUCGGGAAGUUCUGUGGGGACAGUCCACCUGCACCCAUUGUAUCUGAGAAAAAUGAACUCCUCAUUCAGUUUUUGUCUGACCUAAGUCUGACAGCCGAUGGUUUUAUUGGCCAUUACAAAUUCAGGCCAAAAAAGUUACUGACAACAACACCGUCUCCUGUCACUACCGCCGCUCCAACAACUGCAAAUCUGAAACCAACAGUUGCGCUGUGCCAGCAAAAGUGUAAAAGAAGCGGAACCCUGGAGAGCAAUUACUGCUCAAGUAACUUUGUGAUUACAGGCACUGUUAUAACAACAGUAAGCAGAGGAGGAAGCGUGUAUGCAACAGUGUCUAUUAUCAAUGUGUAUAAAGAAGGAACACUAGCCAUCCAGCAAGCGGGCAAAUCCAUGAGUGCCAAGAUUAUUGUGGUGUGUAAACAGUGCCCACUGAUCAGAAGAGGUCUGAAUUAUAUCAUCAUGGGUCAAGUCGAUGAAGAGGGACGAGCAAGGAUUUUACCAAGCAACUUUGUCAUGAGUUUUAAAACAAAGAACCAGAAAAUGCUGAACACAUUGAAAAACAAGAGAUGUUAGGAGUUUUUCUUUCUUGACGUUUGUGACUGUGCUUCUCCUGACUAAAGGAUAAUAUGAAUUUUGGAAUUCUGUAAUUCAGUCAGACUUUCACUGCUAGACAGGGCUGACCAUCAUUAACCAUUGUAAUUCCUUGCACCUCCAGUCAGGGUAGCUCUAAUAUAAGCUUCUCCCAUCGAGAUUCCAUUGACUUAUGAAUUGAACUGUUCUAGGUUCCGACUACUUUUAAAUCUGUUUUAUUUAUACAUUUUUGAAAAGUAUGAGAAUUAUAUUUUUUAGGAGUUAAAAGUAUGGUGAUGUAACAUAUGAAAAAACUUUAAGUGCAAUAUUUAUAUUUUUUGGUCUUUUUUUAUUUUUCAGAGCAUUUUUUUUCAGUGUAAUAAAAAAUUUUAAUUGCAAUUUUUUUGUGUUUUAUCUAUGCUUAAUAAAGUCUAUCCAC